GAGAGAGAGAGGAGGCCUCGGGGAGAGAGAAACAGAGUAAAAACGCUCCGUCUCUCCAUUAAAUUUUUAGUUUGCCAUGAUCGUUCGGUAAUCGCUGGUUCUCUGUAAAAAGCCCAUCUUUUUUCUCUCUCACUGCAAUGGGCGUUGGAGGGCACUUUUGGGAUUUGCUGAAACCCCAUGCCAGUUUCGAAGGAUUCGAUUUCUUGAGGAACAAAAGGGUUGCGGUGGACUUGUCGUACUGGGUUGUCCAGCACGAGACCGCCAUUAAAGGGCAUGCUAGAAAACCUCACAUCCGCCUCACCUUCUUCCGAACAGUCAAUCUCUUCUCCAAGUUUGGAGCAUACCCAGUUUUCGUACUCGACGGCACUCCGUCGCCGCUAAAAUCUCAGGCGAGGAUAGCUCGGUUUUUCAGAUCAUCGGGUAUUGAAUUGUCAAGCUUCCCCGAGGCGGAAGAGGGUGUAUCAGUUGAAAGGAACACAGCGUUUACGAAAUGUAUUCAAGAAUGUGUGGAAUUGCUCGAACUACUUGGAAUGCCUGUUCUAAAAGCGAAAGGGGAAGCCGAAGCACUUUGUGCGCAGUUAAACCGACAAGGGCACGUCGAUGCUUGUAUUACUUCUGACAGCGACGCGUUUCUUUACGGUGCCCGUUGUGUUAUCAAGCGAAUCCAACCCAACUCAAAAGAGCCAUUCGAAUGCUAUAAUAUAUCUGAUAUCGAGACUGGCCUCGGUCUCAAACGAAACCAUUUAAUAGCUAUUUCUUUAUUGGUCGGAAACGAUCACGAUUUAAAUGGUAUAACGGGAAUUGGGAUCGACACUGCAGUUCGUUUUGUCAAACAUUUCAGCGAAAACGAUGUACUCAACAGAUUGCAUGAAGUAGCCGGGGGGGACCCACUUGACAUCCAACGAGAUAUCGUCGAUCAUGGGGUUAAUUUCGUCUUUUCCGAUGAAAAAUCACCCAAACCGAAAUUACCUCAUUGUUCCCACUGUGGCCAUCCAGGCAACAAGAAAGCCCAUCUCAAGUUUCCGUGCGAAAACUGCAAUUCGCCAGCUGGCGAGAGCUGCUUGAAGAAACCGGUGGGAUUCAAAUGUUUUUGUUCGUCGUGUGAUUCGAACAGGAAAGAGAAAGCAAAGAAGAAAAACGCGACUUGGCAGAUGGCAGUUUGUCGAAAGAUUUCAUCACAGAAGAAUUUUCCAAACGAUGAAAUUAUAAAAAUGUACAUGAGCAAUAAUCACGGGAUUGAUGAUGAGAUGCAUAUAAGAUGGGAAAUCCCGCGAACAGAAAUGCUGGUUGAUUACCUAACGUAUCAGCAAAACUGGGAGCCAUCUUAUAUUAGACAAAGAUUACUUCCAAUGCUGUCGACUAUAUAUUUACGAGAUAUGCCCUCAGCUCCGACAGAUAAUAACUUGCUAUACGGACAGUACGAGUUUCACAGUAUUCAGCGUGUUAAAGUUAGAUACGGGCACGAAUCAUAUGUUGUCAGCUGGAAGAAAGCUUCUGCAGUUUCGAGUGGUGCAGUUCCUGAAGAAAUUAUUGCACGUGAAGAUUGUGUUGAACUCGACGAAUCUCUUGAUUUGAUCGAGGUGGAGAGUGAAGUUCCUUAUGUUCAUAUUGAUGAAGGGAGCUGUUUUUUGUCGACCGAUGAAGAUAUUGAGCUCGUGAAAAAGGCUUUUCCAGAAAAGGCUAGCCAAUUUAUCAAAGGAAAGGAAUUGAAAGACAUGAAAUCAUGAGAGAUGAAAUCAAGAAAGAAGAAAUCGAAGAUGAGUUGUGAAGAAAAAACGGGAUCAUCACAGACGAGUAUAACGGAGUUUUAUCGUUCGACGAAAGGCGUUAAGGCUGAGGAGAAUGUUGAGAAGACUAGUGUUGGUUCUUCUUCUUCUAAAGGCAAAAGGAAUAGUUCGAGUUCGACAUUUUCAAAGUCUGCGAGGCGCCGUCUUUUAUUUGGUUAAUUACUUAAUUCAGUUUAAGCUCAUUAGUCACACUCUGUAAAUUCAAUAGUUUUUUUUUUUUUUUUUUUUAAUUAGCAAUUUAAUUUGCUGUAAUUGGAUAAUAAUACAUGAAAGAAUCUAAAUAGCGUGCAUGGUGGUGUAAUUAUUGACUUGUGCCAUAUGACAUGCAAUAACUAGAAAUUAAUGCAGAAUCUUGGUUAGUAA